AUGGAUUCACAGGGCGCAGGAUACGCCUUUGACGUGAACAUGGAUUUCAGCAAUGCCUUUGCGACACUUCCGCAACAGCAGCAAUCCUUCUUGAAGCCAGUUGAGGGUGACACCUCCGGCUUCUUCGCUGACGAGGCUAUCGACACAUCCGCCUCCUUCAUUGAUCCGGCCAUGUUCUCGACCACCCCUCAGCAGGCUAGCUUUGACAUGCAACACAGUCUUACCAUGGAUAACACCUCGGGUAGCACUACAGCAUGGCAUACGCAGCUCACACCAGAUAUGCAUCAUGCUCUGAAUACCUUCCCGCUUACGCCAGUGCCAUCUUUGGAUUCGAUGUACCAGUCCAACUUCAGCACAUCCCUGGGCAAGCGACCAUUGCAGGUUGAUGCGCAAGACUUUCCUCAAGCGAAGCGUCACGAAACUGCCGACUUCACCUUAUUUUCCCCAUUGGUUUCGACGGCAACUACCUCAAGCUGGGGAAUCGAGACGCAGUCUACCUCGAAUUCCAUGGAGACAGGCCUCUCCGAUGAGGCUGCCGACGUUUGUGCGACCUGGUUCAACAAGUACAACAUCUUGCCCAGUGACAGGCACAUCGAAUCGUUAAGCCAGCUGACCGGCGAGUCAGCUGAUGUAAUCCGAUCCUGGUUUGGUCGGUUGUUGAAGCAAGGCAUGGGUGGCAGCCACGGAGACUCGGCCUACAAAUCGCAAACAAACCUCAUCCCGCAAGAACAGUUCUGGAAUGACCAGUUCUCGACGGGUGUCACCCAGACAUCACCACCGCAGCUACUCCUCCAGCAGCAACAGGAAGAUACCACUACGUCCGAGGCCCCAUGCAGCCACGACACCACCACAGUUAACCAGUCCGCUACAACUCUGCGGGGUAGCAAGAAGCGCUGUGCACCCACUGAGGAUCUGCAAUUGCUCAGCAGAGACCCCAAUAAGAUCUACCAGUGCACGAGGAAGUGUGGUAAGCGAUAUGGGCGCAAGUGCGACUGGAAGAGGAAUGAGGAGGAAGGCUACCCCUGCAAGUCAUGGGUUUGCAGUCUGUGCACGAGCGAGGGCGUCGAGAACGUGAAGCCAUGCUUCAGGAAAUACCACUACGCGCAGCAUUUCCGGAAUAUCCACCCCGACAUUAAUGCUGACGAGUACGAGGAGGCGAGCGUUGUGUGCUCUGAGACCGAGUUCCCGCGCCAGUGUGGCUUCUGCCGCCAUCGCUUCGUAUCAAGGCAAGAGCGAAUCGACCACAUUGCCGACCACUUUAAACAGGGCAAGUGCAUGCUCGACUGGAACGAUGAAGACGUCGACGAUAGCCACGAUUCCGAUAACACCGAUGACGACGAUGAUCGACCAAGUGGCGAUGGCUUCGACGGCAGCAAGCCUUCCUCUGACCCACGGGAUAGCGAUCCACGUGGCGGUUCCAGCUCCAACUACUAUGGCGGCAACGACGGCGGCAGCGGCUCUGACAGCCAACCACCCCAUGGCGGGUUCUUCCAAUUCCAGCUCUCACAACUCAGUGAGGGCAGCGGAAGUCAGCCCUCAUGCGCCAACCAGUGUAUUAAACCCACGAAUCUACUGCAGCAUAAUCAACAAUGUGCGACAGCUAGACCGGACACAGGAGAGCAGGGCUCAAUCUGUGGCUCUAUUGCUUCCGAGCAACCACUCGCAGAGUCUAUCUCGGCAGCGGGAGACGACAAGGGCCUUGUGGCCCGAGAUGUUCUCCCCCGGACCACACUAGUCGAUCAGACUAGCAGGUCAGCGGUUGAUGCUGUAUGGCCGGAAGCCCAAUUGGACCCAAGCCAGAGUAACAACACUGUAUGCGAAGCUGCUCGUACUCGACUGCAGACGUCAAAUGACCGCCGUCCACGUUCGCCGGAACGCCUAAGACCAAUUACGGUAACGCCAGGCCUGGAUGCGCCAUCACCAGGCUUCCAGACUAGACAAUCGUCUGGCGUAUUCCUAGGAACAAAAGCAACUUCAGUUCGCAAGGACACAGCGACGGAGCAGGGACUGAUUUCACAACAGGCACUACAUAGUAUUCCGACAAACUCUCAGUCUUUCCUCAGUAUCAGGCUCCUCGGAGCAGGAGGCUUUAGUACGGUCGAUGAGGUCGUGCAUCGCGAGACGAACCUACGCAUGGGACGAAAGACACUCAAGAAUCGCGAUCAAACCGCCCUCGAAGAAAUCCGAAAGGAGGUGGACGUGCUCCAGAAGCUACGCCAUCCUCACGUAAUCCGCUAUCUUGGAGCCUACUCAACGGGCGACAAGAUGUCAAUCCUUGUCUCUCCUGUUGCGGAAACAACCCUCGGCCUAUGGAUGGAACAAGUCGCACUAGAUAAUCCUGCCUAUCUAGCUGAGACGAUUGUCAAGAUGUUCGGCUGUCUCGCGUCGUCAGUCCGGUACCUCCACGAGCAGCGGCCUGUUGUCAACCACAUGGACAUCAAGCCUCAGAACAUUCUGAUCGUGGGCGGUGAUCAAGAGUUACCGCACGUAGUACUAUGCGACUUCGGUACUAGCUCUUCCGAGGACUCACUUGACGGACAGUCGAAGCCACUAACACGCCAAUACACGGCGCCUGAGGUAUUCGAAGGCUUCACACGCAAACAAGCUGCUGAUAUCUGGAGUCUUGGCUGUGUCUUCGCCGAGAUGGCGUCGGUUUCAUUUAGCCAAGGUAACUCGGCAUGGCCACGCUUCCGCAAGGAGUUCAGUGGACGCACUGGCAAGUACUACUGGCAAGAUAUACCCUUCCUACAGAGCAGACUAUCACAGUUCCUCGAGGAAGCACCGACCGUGACCGAGCAGACCGUUGUUCGCACGCUCAAGACGAUGCUGAGCGCUGAGCCAACCCAGCGACCAGAUGCGAGAUCGCUGACCAUGAUCUUCACUCCGGCUCCCUGCUGCCUCCACUGGCCAAACGACAAAGCAACGUUCCCCGGUCCGCACGCAGAGCUCGGUGAGGUAGAGAUGCUCGGCCAAAAGGAUGGCAUCGAUUGUUGCACCCAGCUACACCUACGUGGGGAGACUAGCAAAGAGACCGACACCAACUUGCCGACUGCGAAGGGCUGGCUCGAAGAGUGCUCGCACUCCCAUGACGCUUGUCGUCAGCAAACACUAGGCGACGCAAAGUUCCUACCCACUCGCCUGGUCGAUGUCCGUCCGGGCGGCCAGGAAGGAUCUUUUGUCCGCGUUGUCAACAGUACAUGCAUUGAGUCAACCGCUGACCAGGUCGAAUAUGUUGCACUAAGCCAUCUCUGGAACCAAGAACAUGUCACUCUGUCGAGCGACAGUCUGCAAGACAUGCUGACCAACUUACCACUACAGACGCUACCCACGGCAGUCCAGGCCGCAGUAUCUACGGCACAGCGUCUAGGAUACCGAUACAUCUGGGUCGAUUCAUUGUGUAUUCUCCAGGACUCGGAGGAUGAUAAGCGACAUGAAUGUGCGACCAUGGCAUCCGUGUUCCGCAAUGCCGCUUUGACAGUCGUACUUGACCAGAUGACCACCUCUGUCCAAGAAGACAAGUCCGUUGUCCUAUUGACCAACGACAACCUUGACCACACGCUCCCUCUGCCGUCGCAGACACGCUCGAGCAUCACAGAAGAUCACCUACCGGUAUUUGCUGCACUACCCGCUGUCGACUUCACGUCGCCAAACUUUGGCUGGGAUACACGUGCAUGGGCGCUGCAAGAGCGGCUCCUCAGCCGCCGCUUCCUACAUCUAGGCGAACAGAUGUAUUGGGAGUGCAACUCGCUCAAGGCAUCCGAGACGUUCCCACGAGGCCUAUCACCACUAGUGUGGGAGAAGGUGCACAGUAAGACCCCUCAAGGUCUUCAGUCGGGCUCAUCGGGCCGCACGACUGAUACUGUGCUAUCUAUCCCCGCUAGUCUAGACUCGUUGGAGAACAAGCCCGUCUCCGUCUCAGCUCAAGCAAGCAGUGUACUCGGUAGGAGGGAAGGUCGACAAGAGAUUGAUCGGAGUGGCCAGCUGGAUCAGAAUGGCAGCCUAGUGGAAGGAAAUGCUACCGUGGUGGAUAAGCGCUGA